UACUGCUUACCUGACAACUACCAAAAUCAGUCCGACUCCUCUCCCAUCGUGUUUCCAGCUCACCUUUCUUUCGCCACUUUCUUAAAACACUAAUCGUUCCGUGUGUGGCCCUCUUAAAACGCAAUUUCCUGUCUCACUUGGCAAAUCUCUAAUCUAAUCCAGCCUCCAAUUAAUUUCACUUUUGCCCCGAUUUUUUUUACGCACCGGAAUUUUCGCACGGAAAAAAAUUUUUGCAGAAAUUUUUGCGAAAAAAUUCAAUUCGCAAAUCUCUAAUCUCCAAUUAUACUGGAAUAAAUUCGAAAUUUCCACUUUUCCCCAAUUUUUUUGCACCGCACUUUUUGCACACAAAAUUUCCAGAAAUGAAGACAUCGUCCCCCAUUUUUAGCGUAUUUUUCAGUGUAUUUUGCAACAUAGUUAGUGGGUUGGACUCCGGGGUGCACAAUCCAGGUCCAGAGUUGAACGUGAAGCUGCGCGACUUGGCGGGUGGCGUUGGCGUCGGAGGUUUCAAUCCGCUCCUCGUCGACGACAAAGUGCGCGAUGAUUCUGAUCGUGGCCGGAGUGGUGACGGUGUUGAUAUCCGUGGUGAUCCUGGCCAUAGCGUUGGCAACGCCGAUGACGCCAGUGGUCAGAUCGGCGGGGAAGCUAGCGUUGACCUUGGCGACGGCGGCGAUAGCCGUCUUCUUCUUGUUGAGGGGGAUGCGCGACGGCCUGGACUACUUUCUCCGGAUGUUUAUCCUGUAGACAGCUUUCCCCCGAAGGCACCCAUCAUCCCGGACAUUUUCACCGUGGCGGUUGAAACCAUUUACAUGAAGGAACAGAAACGCCAAGUUUGGAACCUUCAUGUGGAUCGCGCCGAGAAAAUUGUGGUGCACAAGGUCGACAUGCCAAACACGGUGGGAAAACGGUACGAGUGGUUCUACUCGAAAAUCGUGCGAGAUUUCAGAUCAGGUCUCGAAUUUCGCAUCUCGAACGGGAAAGAAGCCACCGACUGCAUCGUGGAACCCAUCAGUACGGACUUCGAGUUGACCUCACACAAUCUGAAACGCUUCAUGUUGGAGCACGCCACCCUCCUGCUGAACUUUGACCCAAGCUUUGUCAACUAUUGGGGCAAGCGAUCAAUACGGAAUCUUCAAUGUGAUAUCUGGCUUCACGAAAGCUUGGGCGAGUUCGUGUCAGAAUUUGGAUUUGCUAAUGAUUCCACCCUUCCGAUCUCGGUGGCCACCUUUUCACGAAAGACUACACCGGAUAUCGUCGCCAUUUCGAACAUUUAUGAGGACAAUAGCCACAUUUUUAACCCGUUUGCGAAAACUCAAGGACAUCCCGAUGUCACAGCAUGUCUCGACCCCACCCCACUCCUUUUGCGAAUCGUUCUUGAUGCUCCAUACGCCAAACUAAAAUUGGGCCGUGAGUUCACCGUUUUGGAAUCAAUUCGGCGUGCAGUUGCCGGUCUGGCAGGAAUUUCUCUGCUCCGAGUGACAGAUUUGGCUUUGACCGAAUGGCCCGGUGGCACGACGGCAUUUUGGUUUUCCUUGCGACAAAUCGUGAAUUUCCAAGAGCUCUCGAAAAAUAAUAAUUCUUCUUCUUCCACCCACUCCACGAUCGUGUUCCCGUUGGCGGACGCGUACCGAAUUUUGAGAGAUGUCAUCCAACGCCACGAUGUCACUCUCAGGGUCGACUUGGCCACGAACGAGCACAUGUUGGUCGGAAUCCAGCGUGGAUCACUCAUCUCCAUCCCACGCGCACUCCAUCCGAUCUUCAUGCGAAACUCCAACACAAAGUCGCUCUCCGUCAUUAAAGCGUCGUACACUUCCGGUGCAGUCGCUGGUCUUGGUUUGGCGAUGGCCGUGCUAGGUCUGGCGAUCGGUCUUUUGCUCGGCUUCGUUUUGUGGAACGGCUCAACACGCGUGCGGUACUGGAGGUAUCCCUGGUCCAAUAUUCCAUACGGGCUGGACACAUAAUUUGCAUAUUAAGAAUUAUAAUACGAACAAACAACCAAACCACUGGACGACUUGACUAUAAUCAAUUCUUGAUAAUCAAUCAGUUUAUUAUUGUAUGGAAGAUAAGUACUCUUUAAAAAUAGCGACCGAUAAGUGCGUAAUGUAAUAGCUCAGCAGUGAUAAUUUCUUGUCCCGUUGUUUAUGUACAAUCUUAAUUAAAGUUUGCUAUCUACAUAAUCAAUUAAAUAAUUUAGUGCGACAAUUAAUUAAUCAUCAAUUUUGACAAGAGGAGGUUGUGCUCUAUUUUUUAGUAGUUUUAAUUUAAUUAUUAAUUCGCUAUUAUUAAUAUUUAUGAUUAGUUAGGUAAUUAAGCGAUAAUAAAAAAUAGGGCACAACCACCUUUCCGCUAAAUAUUUAUGGGUAAUACAUAUUUAUAGUAAAUCUGAGUAUUCAUAAUUUUAAUCAAGACCAGUUUGCAACUAAUUUGAAUAUUAAUUAAAAUUGUGUAUACUAUACUAACUACUCAUCCAAACAAUUUUAUGAUCUCAUAAUGUUUAUCGAUUGAAUAAAGAAAUAGAAAUAGAUAAAAAAAAA